GCGCACCCGCCGCUCACCCCCAUCGGCGACAUCCGCGCCGCAGCCGCCGCCGCCGCGGCCUCGCCUCGGCCCCACGGCCGCGGCGCCGCCCCCCUGCCUGAGGCCGGGGCGGCAGGCCCGGCGCGCGCCGCGGCCCCCGGCGAGGCGCGGCGUGCGGCCGCUGGCACCGCCGCGCCCGCCGUCGCGGCGCCCGCGCCGGCGCGCCCGCCGCUCACGCCCAUCGGGGACAUCGCCGCGGCCGCGGCCGCCGCCGCCGCGGGCCGAGCACGGCCGCCGGAGGGCGGCGGCGCGGCGCCGGCGCUGCCGGAGGCCGCGGCAGCGGCCGAGGCUCCCGCUGCGGCGCGGGAGGAGGUGCGGAGGACGGCGUCGCGCACCGGCGCGCUGGCGGUGGAGGCCGCGGCGGCGGCCGAGGAGGCGGCCAGGAGGAGGGUCGCGGAGGCCGAGAGGCAGCGGCUGGCCGCCGAGGAGGCGGAGAGGGCCCGCCGGGAGGUGGAGGAGGCCGAGCGCGAGGCGCGGCGGCAGGAGGUGCUGCUGAGGGAGUCGCAAGACCAGGAGUUCCAGCAGAGCCUGCUGAUGGACCGGACCAAGGACCUCGUGGCGCGCGAGGGCGCGCUCCGCUCCGAGGCGGAGCUGCUCGCCUCGCGCGUCGACGGCGCCGGCAGGGACCUCAGGAACGCGGAGCAGCGCCUGGAGCGGUUCGGCGGGAAUCCGCGCCUGGAAGAGGAGGCCUCCCGCGCCGCGGAGGAGCUCGCGGCGGCGCAGGCGCGAAGCGCCGAGGUGGCGGAGGAGCUCGCUGGUGUGUCCGCGGAGAUCGCGAACAACAACGAGAUCAUCGGCACGCUGCUCGCCGUCGACUGA